AUGAAAACAAUUCUUGCUCGUACUGAUCCUUCUUGCUCAUUUUCAUUGGCAUUAACAGAAGAUAGCAAUCUUAUUGUUUACUCUAUAUCGAAAAAUAUCUUAAAUGUACUUACAACUUUUCAUGUUGACUGCAUUGACGCACAAUUUCUUCCUUCUUCACUUGGAUUAGCUUUUAUUAUUGCAGAAAAGGAUGGGUCACUCACAAUAUAUCGUCAAGACAUGGCUUGGAAGACUUAUAAAAUCGAAAAUUUCAAAUCUUUCUCAAGCUGCUUAAGAGUAUCCCCAUAUCCACCAGAGGCACGCAUUGGGUGCAUUUCAAAUGGUGAAAUCAUGAUUUUCAAUUUAUUAUUUGAACAACAACCAACUUUACUUCCAAUUCGUAGAUUUGCAUAUCCAAACAAGUUUAAAUACUUCAACUUUGGUCUUAACGAUACAAUAUUCGCUGUUUACGAUGAUAUGAUUUGGCGUUUUAAUUUCAACAAGAAAGUUACCUCGGAACCUUUCAAAACUACUGAUAAACCAGUUGCCAUCGAACCAAAUCCAUGUAAUGCGGAUUUGGCUGCAAUUAUUUUUGAAAAUGAUAAAGUUGGAAUUAUUGGCAUCGUUGAUGGCAUUUUCAGCGAGAGACUUCUUACUCCUAUCCAACAUAAUGUCCAUUCAGUCAAAAAUAUUAUGUGGAGUCCACUUGGAACCUCACUUUUGAUUGGUGGCGAUAUUAUCGAAGAAUGGAAAGAAGUUUCACCAGGAAAUUGGUGCCUAUCUAAAUAA